GCGCGAUCGGGUCGGCAGGGCCAUGAGCCGCAGGGGCGCGGUGCAGCGCAAGGUGCCGUGCUUGUUCGUGACCGAGGUGAAGGAGGAGCCGUCGGCCAAGCGGGAGCGCCAGCCGUUUAAAGUUUUGGCAACUGAAACCCUAAAUGAAAAGGCAUUAGAGGCAGAUAUAUACAAUGCAAUUCCUACUGAAAAGGUGGAUGGAACCUGCUGUUAUGUAACUACCUACAAAGGGCAACCAUACCUAUGGGCCAGGCUGGACAGAAGACCCAACAAACAAGCUGAAAAAAGGUUCAAACGAUUCUUAUAUUCAGUGGAAGAUUGUAAAGAAUUUAUUUGGAAUGUUGAAGAGGAUUUCAAGCCUGUUCCAGAUACCUGGAUCCCAGCCAAGGAAAUAGAAUUCUCUAAUGGCAAUCCUUUGCCUGACGAAAAUGGACACAUGCCAGGUUGGGUGCCCGUGGAGAAAAACAGUAAGCAGUACUGCUGGCACUCGUCUGUUGUAAAUUAUGAGGCUGAAAUGGCACUUGUAUUGAAACACCAUGCUGACCCCAGGCUUUUGGAAAUUAGACCAGUAUCACUGUCAGAACUUCUAGAACAAACACUGGAGCUUAUUGGGACAAAUAUUAAUGCAAAUCCAUAUGGAUUGGGAAGCAAAAAGCAACCUGUGCAUCUUCUGGUACCACAUGGAGCAUUUGAAAUUAAGAAUCCACCUACUUUGAAACGAAGCGACAUAGUGUCGUGGUUUGAAGGCUGCUGUGAGGGUAAAGUUGAAGGAAUUGUUUGGCACUGCCGUGAUGGAUGUUUAAUCAAGCUCCAUCGCCAUCACCUUGGUUUAUGCUGGCCACUUGCAGAGACAUACCUGAAUUCUCAGCCUGUUGUUAUUUCUUUCAAUAGAAAUGACUAUGACUGUGAUUUUGGACCAAAGAGUUUGUUUCAUCAGUUUUCAAAACUAGACGGUCAAAGAUUUGACAGUCUCAAAGAUAUCAAGUUUGAUGAUUGAAGUUAUUUUCUAUUUUAAGUCAGUAGCUCUAUGUCCUGCAUUCCGCUUUCUUCUAUCACAGAACUCCCUUCCAAAAAGGAAUCUUCCUGCUUGAAGAGUAAGCUCUGUACUGUAUAGUUUGAAGUUUUUCUUAAAUGAUUUAUUGUAAGUAGUGACGUAUGUGACAUCCAGAACAGAAUCUAGCUUCAAGCAUGUUUAUUUUUAUUUUUGAAAAAUCCUUAACUUGUUCACCCAUUUCUGGAUCUGCUAAUGGUUAAACAGCACGUUGUCUAACUAACUGGCUGAUCCUAGCAGCUUAAUUAAUGAAUGCAAUCAACUGUGAAAGUUCCCUAGGAUGCGCUUUUCUAAAUAUAAUUACUGUGACACAACAACAUGUAGAACUCAGAUUCAGGAUCUAGUUUUUUAUCAAUGAAGAAUAGAUUUCUGGUAGCACCAGAAUUAGGUCUGAAGUGUGAUGAUUUCUUAAAAUGUUUGUAUCUUUCUUGGGUGAAAAUAUUUUAUGAUAUUAUUCAACUGAUAAGCUGCAGCAUUAUGCUAGUACCUGAAAAACUAAUCUACAUCCUAAAUCUACUUCCACUAUUUUUGUGCAAAGAUCAGAGGAAGUAAAAGGAAGCAUGCUCAUUCUAUCUUGAAGAUUCUUAGUGAGAGAUUUGACUUCGUAGUACCCAUUUUAAGACUGCAUCUAAAUUUACGAAGCACAUAUUAAGUAUUUGAAAAAAGAUGGCACAAAUAAUAAAGUAAGAAUGCAUAGUGGUUUGAGUGGCCUUUUAUUUGUGCUACAAAAGUUUACAUCUAUAUGUAUAAAGUAUACAGAAUGAAAAAAUUCACAUGGUAACUGUACAUUUAUCUACAAAAAUACUGCUAGUUUGGCUGAUGUACUGCAAGAAUGUUUUCCAUUCUUUAUUCUUGAAUUUUCUAUAAUUGAGGUAAAAAUAAUUAACGUUGUAAGAGCAGAGACGACCACAACACUGUCUACUGUUUGAGAUGCAAGACAGAAUAAAUUACAGUAUUGUUGAUCUGGAAUUUACCAUAUGUAAGGUGCUUUCAGAGUUUCUGAACUUCUGGUUAGAGUUGAGAACUCAGACUUCUUAAAAACAUGUAUUACUGCAAUUAGUUUUCUGAAUAAUAUUGCAGAGUAGAUGGGGGAGGUAAAACUGGUUUUUAUUUUGACUGGUGUAUGUAAAUAUUGACCACAAUACAUUGACUUAAUCAAUUGAGCAAGCUGUGAAUUUCAGUAUUUUUAUUUUAUUUUUUAACCUGGAAUGACAGACAAAUCAGUAUGAUGUAGCUGCCCUAGAAUUUAUUUUCCUUGUCAGUGCUGAGGAAACUAAAUGCCUAAUCAACGGAAGUAUUGGCUGGGCUAAUCACUUGCAUGCCAAACUCUUCGGACAGCUUCUUUAAUCUUUCUUCUAAAAUAAUAUUUUUUUUUAAUUCUUCAUUAUAGUUGUAUUUCAGAUCUUCAAUUUCUUCAAAAAAGGAAGGAUUGAAGUUUUCCAGUUCUUUUCUCAACUUUUUUGUUUCUUCCUAUUGCAAAGAACAAAGGGAUAACCAGAACUUAGGGAAUACUUGUCAUCAACAGCUUUUCUGCCUUUCUCUUCAGAGAACAUAUGUUCUACUACAGACAAAUGUACUCGGGAAGAGAAAAUUCACUAACAAAAUCAGUUUCAUAGGCGCAGUGGUGACAAAUUGACUUGUUUUAGUGUUAUUUGGGAUAUUAAAUAGGUUCUUCUAGCUGACUAUAGUUGUGCUCAUUAUCUUGCCAAAGAUCAUCUCUGCAACUCACCUUUAGCUGCUCUUUCUCCAACUCAGAGGCUUUCAGCUGUGCCUGGAGGUCUGCUACUUCUGUCAUUAAGUUAUCAUUUUUAUCCUUCUUUGAAACUUCAGUAUUUCCUGCAAAAAGUAUUGACUUGAUAGGAAAUUUCAGGUAAGUAUAAUCAAUUACAUGACUAAAUUUGUUACAAUAAUACUUCAGCUGUUUCAACUGUAAAGAGAAGCAGUGUGUAAACUCAGUUGUGAUCAACAGCCACCAAAAUUUCAAAUCAUCUUGGCUAUUCUUUGGUUCUUCCACAAGUUAGGUAAUGGUAUAUAAUUCUUGUUAUUGAAGGCAGUAUUCAAAUGACCAGUCUAUUAGCACGUUUCUGAAAAAUACAUGUGCAGUUUCUCUGAUACAGAAAAUUUGGAAAAGAGAAUUUAAGGAUCUUAUUAAUUAUAUUCACGAUUCAAGAAUGUGUUGGUUUUGUUUUGUUGUUUUUUUUUUCUUUUUUUGUCUUUUGGCAGUAUGCUGCUCUACAGCACUCCUUGCUUUUACUGUGGCUUUUUCUGACAGCUGCUAAUCUUAAAUCAUCCACAGGGCUGGUAUCCUGAAAUAGACACUUGUUUUCUGGCAGCCUGGAACCCAAGGCAAGAGGAGUAAGCAGGAGGGUUUUAAUGAAUGACUGAAGUCUUACAAGCACUAUUUAAGGUUUAUAAAGCAUGAAAUUCACUUCUUAGAAAGGGAAAUCUUGCAAAGAUUCCAGCCUCUUCCUCAAAGUAACUUUUACUAAUACUUCUUUAUAACUAUCUUAGGUAAAUUCUCAAACAUCAGGGACCUUAAUUUGCUCCAGUUUAUGACACAUUGGCAUUAAUAGAACUACAGAAAUAUUUGGAUUAUAUUAUCAUUUUGCACACAUAUUAAGUAAAAAUACUUUUAGGCCCAGGCUACACAAAAAUCUUUAUUUUAGAUAUUGGAAAUGAUUACCAGGUGCAGGACCCUCACUGGUGUACACGUUUAUCUGGUGCUUAUAGUCUUCUAUCUGGCGUACUAGCUCUGCUUUUUCUUCCUUUAAUUCGCUAUUAGUUAAUCUGGAAUAUAAAAGAAUUUUUAAAUAAUUUUAAAAAUAUUAACGUGUUUUGAAAUAAGUAACACAUAAUUAAAAACUGCAGUGGCUUUUUGUUGAUCGUUCUCAUUUCAUAUAUGUUGGCUGAGGAAUAUAGUACCUUAAAAGCUGAAGCUCCCUGAUGAGGCCUUGCUCUGUCCUUGCACCUUCAGGAAGGUGGCUGAGAAGCUCAAUCUUGAAAGAAAAGUUAAACAAACAAGCAAAGUCAGUCUUGAGAGCAGUAUCCACAGAUAGUGUAUUUCACAUGGAGUUAGUGACUUCUCUUUGGCACAGUUUAAUGAAAUGAAAGAAAAUGACACUAAUAUACUAAUGGUUUAACCAAGUACUAGGUGAUCACAAAGGGUGGAAGAGAAAAAAAGUAAUAACCAACAACCAGUUUCUUCAAAGUUUCUAAUUACCUGCAGUCCUCUUAAAGCUAAGCUGCACUGCAUAUUUCAUGAAGGUUGGAAAAAAAGGUUUUGAAAAGAAUGCUAGGAACAUAAAUUGAGACAUCAGAAUAAUGUAUAGAUAUACUUAUGAAAGUGAUAAUACACUAAAGGUAAUGACAUGUUUGUUUGCAUACAUAGGUGUCUCAAGUUUCUUUGUGUCAUUUGAAAUGCAAGUAACUGCAAUUAAAACUCAAAUUAAUGUACACUUGUCAUGGACACUGACUAGAAAUGAUCUGCAGUCAUAAACUAGAAGCAGAGAGGGAGUUAGCCUGUAGAUGUACCUUUCAGUAAAAGAUACAAGAGCAAAAAUUUAAAGUCUUUGAAAUUAGAUUUUUUUUUUAGAGUGAUCAUUUAUGAACUCUCGUAAGGCUACUGUUAGGUAUAGAUUUUGGUUCUAACUCUUUGACAGUAGAUCUCUGUUUCUUUGAAAUGGAAUGAACGUUGACCACAUCCCUUCAUUUGCAUUUGAGACAAAACAAACCUGAAAUUGUGUUGCCUCAGAGUAAUGUCACAUAAUAAAAUAAUUUUCUCUUAAUUUUGCUAUUGGUAAGAAGGAUCCAGCAGUUCGGGAGAGGCUUGUUCAUGUUAAUAGUGCUGACUUUAAACCAGAAGGAGAAAAGCAAACAUAAACAAAGCUUAAAGUAAUUAUUUUGCAAAACUCCAUUCCAUGUCCUUUUUCUAUUUAUUGAACGCAUUUACUUGGUUAGAUAAUGUCUGACUUAUGUGUAUUCAGCACUUUACUCUGAGAACUGCCAGUGCGAGAUGUUCAGGGAAGAAAACCAUCCACUUCUUAAUAAACAAGAAGAUGGAAGCUAAGGUUAAUCCAGGUACACAGACAUAGGCCUACGUCCCUGGCAUACUUGAAAGUCAAAAUCUGAUCCAUUUUUUCAAGUGUUCCUUAGUCAAAUUCAGUAACUCUUCCAUGUGUGAAGUAUAUUUGUAAGAACUUAUUGUAAAGGCUGUGUAGUACGAUGCCAUAUUGGAAAGAAACACAGAAAUCCUCUAUAGGAUGGAAAAGUCAGUCUCCCAAAAAGACUUGUAGAAAGAAGAAAGUUCCUGUAGGAAAAUUACUUUGCUGAACAAGCUAGAAUGAUUUUAAGAAAUAUAUGAAGAAAUACUAUUUCCUGUAAGAAGGGGAAGGCAUCUAUAUGUAUUGGUAAGUGGUAAUCCUUAUUCAUCAUCGAAAAUAUUUAAAUGUACAAUUAUGGCAACUAAAACUGAAAAUAAUUAAAAACAGAGAGAAAAAUAAACUGUCAGUGUGGACAUCAGAAGGAAAUUAAAAUUAAUCAAUGUAUUCUUAGACUCAUCUGGCUUAGAUUUUUACUCACUUGUUCUUUUAGAUCCUGUAAGUUUUUAUCAGCAUUGUGUUCACGUUCUGUUGCCUCCUGAAGCAGCCGUUUAAGGUCAAUAAUGCUUUGGGUUUUUUUAGCAAUAUCCAUUUCCAAUUCCUUCAUCUUUGCUUCAUGCAUCCUGGUGUUACGAUUAUUAUGGUUAUUAAUAUUUAAAGAGAAAAAUAUAAGAGAAAAUACAAAAAAAUAAAAAUCAGGAUAUUCUCAAAGCAGGUAAGGUGUUGUAAAAGACACCCUAAAAUAUGUUUGGAGCAGAGGCCUUCAAAUAAUCACUGAUCUUAUUUAAUAAGUGAGUGAGCUGAAUUAAGCAUAAUGAAACAUUUUAGUAUUUUUUUUAAUUUUAGAAUAAAGGUUCUUCCAAAUGUUCUGCCAUUGCUGACCUUACACGUUUAUACUCUGACAAGGAGUUACAGGAAUCCUGUAUGGUUCUGCAUGUAUACACCAGGCUAUUUCUUGCUAAACCAUGCAUGUCUCUUGCUGCAUUAAGUUGGAUGAUGCAUUUCUCAGCUCUGUCUUCAUUGUGAUUUAACAAUUAAUGGAAAAUAAAUCAAUGUAGUACAAAGAAAAAAAAAAAGCUUAAUACAGAUGCAGGAGAUGCAGACUGAACAGAAAAAGUGUUCACAAAGUGUUCUACGAGAAACGAUGUUCUGUCUUGGAGUCUGAGGAGGAAUCCAUUUUGCUUUGAGCCUGCUACAAAAAUAUUUUUAUAGAAAUACGGAAAUGUUGAUUGCAAGACACCGCUAGAGAUAUCUAUUCCAGUAUUCCUGCUGAAGAGGCUUUUCAGAUGUGGAUUCUAACCUCUUCCUACAUGCCAAAUGGUAAAAUCCCAAUGAUCAUGUAGGUGAUGCCCAAGGACUUUUUAUUACCAUUUACCUCUGGAAAAUAUGUUGGUGAGGUGGACUGCAUGAUAAAGUGCUCCAGUGAGCUUUUCUAGGUUGGUACUAUUUAUUUACUUCAAAAUGUUGUUGAUCUUAAACCAUGUUAAACCAAAUAAAAAGUUUUUAUUCACACCA